CGAGAUUACGUAUGACAAGAUGGCCACGGAGCAGUAGGGAUAUAUUUUCGGUCUUGUAGCUUCUGUGUGCGAGUAUUUUGGAUUUUUUUUAAAUUAUUAUAACAAAAUGGGUUUAUCACAAAGCACGGGUGGGUCGGAAAUUGGAACCGAUGGAUACCACGUGCACGGGGUGCAGGAGAAUUCACCUGCUGAGAAGGCUGGUUUGGAGCCCUUCUUUGACUUCAUCCUCUCUCUAGGAGACCACAGACUGAACCAGGAGAACGACCUGCUGAAGGACCUGCUGAAGGGGAAUGUGGAGAGGGCUGUGAGGAUGCAGGUGUACAGCACUAAGACCAUGAAGCUGCGGGAGGUGGAGGUGGUGCCCAGUAACAUGUGGGGAGGACAGGGCCUUCUGGGGGCCUCGGUCAGGUUCUGCAGCUACCAGGGAGCCAAUGAGAAUGUCUGGCAUGUGCUGGAUGUUGAUGUGAACUCUCCGGCUGCGUUGGCUGGCCUUCAGGCUCACACCGACUUCAUUGUGGGAGCGGACCAGGUCUUGCAAGACUCAGAGGACUUCUUCUCUCUGAUUGAGGCCCAUGAGGGGAAACCUCUGAAGUUGCUGAUCUACAACACGGAGACAGACGCCUGCAGAGAGGUGGUGGUCACGCCUAACGGGGCCUGGGGCGGAGAGGGGAGUUUGGGUUGCGGUAUCGGGUAUGGUUAUUUGCAUCGGAUCCCAGCUCGUCCGGAACCCACACCGACUGAUGAGAUGACCACGUUUCCAGCGCUGCCAGAGGAUAGCGUUAUAUCAGACUUACCAACCAAUGGAUACGAUGCGGUCACCCUGAUGGUAGGCCAGGGAAGGGGGGCAGAGCAAGUGGAAGAGGGCCAGAGCACUCUCCAGGACGAGGACGGUCCUCUACCUCCACCAAUACAGAGAGUCAUGGACCCAGAAUGUGUUGUGUCUCCAGGGUUCUCAGAGUCAGAGGUCGCUAUGGUAACGCCUGAUCCAUCAGAAGACAUGGUGGACCGGCUGGACCUGUCUGUCUCCUCCAUUGAUAUGACGGGCACAUCCCUGGCUGUGCACGAGGAGAAGGACAUUGAUAACAUCUCUGGCAUUGAGGAGCUGUGUGAAGGUGAGCUUGCUGAGAUACCAGGGAACCAGGUGGAUACUGCCCCAGAGGCGAUCCUAAACAUGACGGGAGCCAUGGACCUUGCUUCAGCCCUGGCCUCCACAAUCACCUCCUCCGACUUGCCCCCAGAGUCAGCCAUUCCAACUGCAGACUCAGAGCCGCAUGUCUCAUCUGGAUCUCCUGACAUGGUCAUGGAGCCUCCUGCUGAGGCUGAAGUUUCUCUCCCAGCCCCAGACGUUACUUAUUCCUCCACCUCCCCUGGUCAGGAGCUCCUCCUGCCCCAAGACCAGCUCCAGUCUGAGCCUCUGGCCGACCUCCUGCUCCAGUCCCAGGUCAGUGACCUGUUGGCGGGUGGCUCCCACACCCUGUUGGAGGCUGCAUUGAGUGGAGCAUUAGCAGAGGUAGUGGCAGAGCCAGACAUCGUCAGUUCGCUGGAGAUGCCGUCUGUGGAGCAGUCCGAAGUCCCGGCAGAGGGACAUUACCAUGAGCACCCUGAGUGUUGCCACGACCAUCACCACGAUCACGAGGUCAGUAACCAGGAAGUACUCGAGGAGUGAGUUUGUGUGUUUCCAGUCUGGUCACUGACUGGGGAAGCACAAACAGGUGUUUAACAGUCAACAACAGAGCGUUUCCGGAGUGGUGGCAAAAGACCUGGUGUGCAUCACAAAUUGCACCCUAUUCUCUUUAUAGUGCACUAUGAGCCCUGGUCAAAAGUAGUGCACUAAAUAGGUAAUAGGGGACCAUUUGGGACAUGUCCAGGGGUGUGUAUCCAGAAGAUCCAGGUGUUACUUGAAUCCUUUGUCGGCUGUCUCAAAUCCAACAGCGUAAAAAAACAACCACGUUUUUUUGGGUAUUACUUAAUGGGAUGGGAAAUCUGGCGAAAAACUGCAUCCAGAUAUUACGUAUGCAGAAAAGAUAGAAGGCCUGCAUGGUAUUUCUGAAUAAUAUUACCUUUGAGAACUAACAAACCGCAAAAUACAAUCUCAGUCACGGAGAAUUAGCAGUUAUUGAAACAAUUAAAUGAGUAGUAUUGAUUUUGUCAUUAGGUUUGAGCAAAAUGGCACUCCAUUGGCUGUGGCAAAAUGCAGAGUUACAUAAAAUUUGAUUUAACUGCAAAAAAGAAACUUAGCUUCAUGGAGAAAUAUGUUGAGUUCCAUGAAAUGUACUUAAAAAUGCUCAAACCUGUACCCAUUGCCUGCUACGCAUACACCCCUUUUUAAACUAGAAAGUGAACCUGGAACAAUGUUUAUAUAACUGAAAGGAUGGUUCAGUUGUUUGAAGGGGGAUAUUGUAAGUAUAAUUACUUAAACAUAGCAAUAGCGUUCUAGAAUCUUUGUGUUAUAUUACGCAUUACACAUUUUUGCGUAACUCUAAAAACAGGAAUCCAAUUUGCAAUGUAAUGUUUUUAUGAACAUUUUGUAGUUUAUGUUAAAGUUUUAUGGAUAUCUUUUUUAUUAUUAUGUUUUUCAAAAAGAAAAAAAAGACGGCAUUAAUGGAACAGUUGUAUUAAAUAUCCAAAGAUAAACACAUAUACAGACAACUAUAUGAUAUUCAUUCUAAAAAAUAUGAAUGAUUUUCUCAAAUCUAACUACUUUAUAAUUCACUGGGAAACAGAUAAGGGAUAUAUAAUCAAGCACAAUUGCACCUUAAUGAUUUAUCAGUAGUAACAACUACAUCUGAAGUACACAACAGUUUACAGUAAGACAAACUACUAUUUCUGUAUAAAAAAAUAAAUUGAAAUAAAGACUACUUCUCCAAUGUGAUUAUAGCUUCUAUGACCUGGGUUUUAUAAAUUAAAAUACUUUAUUUUGUUUGCAAGUUGGCUCGCAUGACCAUCCUUUCAAAUAAUGUCUCAUUAACUUGACUAGGUUGGAAGCCUAGGCAUCUGAAGUUAGAUUUCCAGGUAUCUUGGAAUAGUUUUAAAAAUGCAAACUUCAAGCUAAGUUAGGUAUUUGACAAAGUAUUCAUGUCAGUACACAGUUGACACAUUUUGUAUCUUGUGGCAAUCUAUUCAAUCAGGUACUGCUGCUUUGCUUUUUUUUUGGGGGGGGGUUGGUUGGUUUGUUUUACUUUUAUCAGAAUCCAUUUAAAUACUUUUUUUGUUGUUAGUUUUGUGUUUACAAAAAGAAGACAUUUUCAAGUUUUUCUUUUUAAAACUUUCUUAAGAGGUGAUGAGUAUACCUACUCCAAUGGGUUAGUCUGUUUUGUGAUAUUUAUGGAUAUCUGGUCCAUUUCUGUAACACCUACAAAAAGUAAGUCACUAUUUUUUAAACACUAAGUAGGGAAUGUUAUUUCAAAGUAUUUGGUAUUUCCAAGUCUAAUUCCACCAUGUUACCUCUUAUCUGCAUUGUAAUUUUUGUGAUCUAUGCAAUUAAGUGACAUUUUAAACUAGUUUGUAUGCCUUCAAGCAUCCUGGAAUAUUCCAUUUGUAAGAUGGAACCACAGUGUCAGCACAGUAGUUAGGUUGGGGUCAAUUUAAUUUAAAUUCUUGAAGAAUAAUAACAGUAAAACCAUAAUUCUAGUUCUCUUUAAUAAGGAACAUUUGGUAUUAGGAUUUUUAUGGAAUUCAUCCCAACCUUGUGCAGUAGCCAUGUUUUUGUAUGUACAUCGGUCUCUGAUGAAAUAGUGACACUACUGUUAGUUUGAUGUAGAUGUUUUUGUGUAAAUGUAUGGGAUGUUUUUUUAUUUUUCUUGUUAUAGAUUUGUGCUAGAUGUUUGGUUGCAAGAGAAAUGCGGGUUAAAAGAUAUUUUGGGAAAUAUUUUAUAAAUGGAUGGAUAAUGUUUUUAUAAUGCAAGAGUAUUAGGGCCAAGUUAAGUAACAGAAAAACAAAAUAAGUGGAGGUACUUAAAUUUGUUUUGGCAUAGACCAAAAAGUCACUUCACCAAAAUGUGUAGACUUCUGGAAGGAAGUAGAAAUUCAAGUCUUACUGUCAAAUAUAAGGGAUAUUUUUUAAGGUAAUUAACCUUGAAGAAUAAUGUGGCAACAUUACAAGAAUAAAGGCAUAAAGUGUUACCAGAUUAUGACCUAUAACUAACAAAAUGAGUGAAAAAGCUUUCCUGAAAAGAUAAGUUAAAAAGCAGCUUUUUUGUGGAGUGGUGUGAGGGCAACAAAAUAACAAAAAAAAGCAUGAAUCUGAGUAGGUGGCUCAUUGGCCAUCUCAUCCUUCUCUAGACUGUUAAGUGCCCAGCUCAAACUCCGGACUUUGUGUCUUUUAAUACAUUGAUGGUUUCAGUUCAUAUGACAUGCCAUAGCAAACUGGAACCUUUUGGUUGUGAAGCCUACUUAUGUUGACUCUGGUGUCCUGCAUGCUUCACACCUUGAAGUCGUCAUAUUGAUUUGUUCAAAGUACUAGAACUAGUGCAGAUCGUUACCUCAGUCAACCCUGCUUUACCAUGACAACUACAUUCUGUCAACAUGCAAAAAAAUCUGUGUAUGGACUUGAUGAAAUAGGAUAGCUAAUCAUGAAAGAAGAAAAAAAUCUGGGGCACAACCGUUAUUUUUAGGGCUAGUUUCACAGAUGAAGAUGAAACUAAAGAUUUGCUGUAUUCUAAAGCUGUAUCGAGCUUGAUUUUCUUUAGUCUAGGACUACGCUUAAUGUUUGUCUGUGGAAACAGCCCUACAUUUCUUUACUUUAUUCUCCAAAGUAUUUAGUAUUAUCCAUGCAAAAAAAUAUAAAGUUCUAAGUACCACCACCAAUUUCUUUCUUCAUUGGCUCUUAUACUCUUGAAUAUUGUAUUAAUGAAUAUGCUUGAAUAAAAGAAAUGACUCUGAAAAUGGAUAAAUAUGCUCUGUAAAGCUUUUGAUGCAAAAAUUUAAUCACUUAUCACUGGAACGAACAAUAAAAAUGAUCACAUAUUUUA